AGAAGGAUAGAAAGGCUCUUUUUUCUCUUACUUAGAUUCGCCGCUUCGUCGCAUACAUUUCCCUCCAGACCUUCCUUCAUCAGUUUUCCCCGUUCCAUUUCCUGCGGCUACCCCCACCGGGGAGUUCUCUGCUCCCGCUGCGAAACCACGCAGCAAGUAGUCGGUGGUACGAUCAGUGUCGGACCGACCGGCAGUUUGUGUAGGUGGUGGUGUCCACGAUCACUCUCACGGUUUAUUUCUAACGCCCAGUUGGUCGAGACGAAUAACCGGAUAACCAAAGCGGCCGUCGAAUGGAAUUCUGGCUGUUUCAUCAUCGAACGAUACCGCGGGAGAAAGAAAAUUGAGGUGAUUCGCGCAAAAUUUUAAUGGAAUAAUGGAAUAAACAAGGAACCAGAAGCCCAGACAAUAAGUGAGUCACAUUUUUCGUAAAUUUUGAAACAAUUAUGACGAAUAAUAUUUGAUGGGUUAAUUCCUGCCAUUAUUGUAGGAAAGACAUGGAAGUCACCGAAUGGAAUUCAUCGAUCGAAAUGACAAAUAUGACCACAACGAGUACCAGGGAAAAAUAAUGAUGUUUGACAAUUAAAUUGAUGUGAAGAGAAACAGAGAUUAGAGGAGAAAUAAAUCAAGAAAUCCUUAUUUCAAAGAAACAAAUAUUCGAACAGCAGUAAAAGGCGAAGAAGUUUAGUUUUGUGUUAAAACUAAAAAAUCAGCGAAAUGUAUGAAAGUACUCUGCAAAAUUAAUUAAGAAAAUAUUACGAAUACAACAGCAAAAUAUAAAAAAAACCUUUAAAGGAAAUGAAAGAAUCAGUAUGUAAUCAACAUAUUAAAAGAAUAAUCGAGUCUAAUGUGACGUCGCACAUCCUUCAAGAAAUAAUAUAAAUUUAGAAUCUACAAGUAUGUAAACAAGUGAAAAAGUGAUGGUUUAAAACAUAAAAAUUAUAAAAUAAUAUUUGACACACAGUCUUAAAACGUACUUCAAGUUUAACUAAAACAGCAACAAAUAAAGUGUUGUAAACGUGGUAAAAACUUUCAUGUAAAAUAAACGCGACUCGCACAUCAUACUUAAUUGAUAAAAAAAGAUUAUCAAAGGGAACUCAGAACACGUCUAUCUUUCUGAAAAUAAAAUGAAGUUUCGUUUUAAUAUUUCGAAAUCUGCGUAACCUUUUUUAUUAAACACGUGCUCAAAGGAAUUCCGAUGAAAAUUUUGUGAAAACGUUUUCCCUAACAUGUAGCGAAUGAGUAUCUGCAGUGUGGUGGCGCAUUCAGUUCGUAAACCGAUUAAACCGAGCCACAAAGGAAAGUAAAGAUCGUAAAAUUGGUACCGGAUACGAAUUUCCGAAUCGAUAUCAAGAAAAUUGAUCGAAAUGGCGAGUCGAAUGAAGUCGCUGUACAAUCAGGUUAUCUUUGAGAGGCGAAUUCUUCUGGGUUGCACGGUUCUCGUGGGAUUAUCAGUUUGCGUAUGGUCGGUGGCCAUUGGAACCAAUCAUUGGUUCACCAUUAAAGCACCGAACGAAGAAGGUUUACCUCUCGGAGAUGCGGGUAAAGCCGGUAGAAAAUUGAUCUACAAACAGAUGGGUCUAUGGAGUAGCUGUACCCAUGGCUUGGCACCGGAGUCUGUAAAUUCCAGUAUCAUGAUACCUUACAAAGAGUGCAAGAAUCAGAACAUGUUCCCGACUGAAUUGCAGAUCAAACUGGAUCCAGGAUUGAACAGAACUGUCCUUAGUUACUCGAGGACACAGGUAUCGUUCGCAGUAAUCAGUUUAUUUGUGAUGAUAAUGGGCUUUAGUUUCUCGAUUUACACGUUCCGGAAUCCACGAUACAUGUUCAAACGACUGGCCGGCGGAAUACAUUUCAUCAGCGGUGCAUGUAACAUGGUGGUUAUACAGGUGCUCCUGUCAUCGAUCGAGUUCGAGAGCCAAAAUGUGUCCGCGACGUUUCCAACGGGCGCGAUUAUGAGGUACGACUUCUCCUUGAUCCUUGCAUGGAUCGUGUUUCUCUGCAAUCUGCUGGCAGGAUGCGCCUUCAUGCUGUUCUCCAGGAAGAGGAAGAGGGACAAGGCGCCCACCGAAGAGAUCGCAAUGGCCGACGAACCGACCAUCAUCGGGCGUUGAUCCAUUUAUCCGUCAUUUGUGCCUAGACAGACUCGUGUCAGAAGAAACUUGUGAAUCGGGGGACACAUCCGUCAGAAGAAAUUUUAUGUACAUACGCAUUGUACGUGAGGUAACACGGCGAUCGUUCAUAGACACUGCUUCGAAUGAUGGGCUCACAAUGUCAUCGAUAUUGCAAAUUUUGUGGUUUCAAUAUUGCGGUCAUUCGUUGAGAAACUUAAUGACAGGACUCGUUGUCUUGGUUCGGUGAAUUGUAGAGUAAUCUUCCCACAAAUUCAUGCCACUUGUUGUUUUGCUAUUCGAAUUAAUAUAUAGAAUGUACCUCUAAGUGUUAUUAAAAAAUGUAAUUGUUGUUCCUUUUUACGAUAUUUCUCCACCAUCCUGGCGAAGUCAUUUUAUCGUCGCCAUAAAAUUAUUGUAUUUCUAUUUAGUAAGUAUAAGCACAAUUUGCGGCACGAAAUUAUGGGAUGAUAUAUAUUCUGGUUAAUUAAUUGAUCUUUUGGAGAAUUGUGGAUUGCACCUGCAAGAUAAAACGUUGACUAAUUAAUUAAUCUUUGUGGAAAAUUGCGAAAAUGCUGUGAUUUAUUCAUUCAGUCUUUCAACGUGUACCCUUUUAAUAAAGUACCUUUUAAGGAUGGCAAUGAAUAUACCGGUUUGCAUAUGGAAAAUAAAAACAUUGCUAGUAAUCUUAAUAACUACGGUGUACAGUACUAGUUUAUCAUUCGAAACUUAAUAAAACUUUCUUUCUUUGCACUGCAGACAAGUCCAUUGAACCGUCGCUUGUUUGUAUUAUUUAUGAAUCAAUAGAGUACUCGAAGUACAGUUGUUUAGAACGUUGUUCUCGGUAGACACAAUGACCCCAGCUCGUUUUAAAAUUGCAAUCUAUGUUAAAUGUACAGAUCUUGUAGAAAACUUUGGCUUCUAACGUAACAGGGUACUAGUAACUCUGAGUUUUGACCGAAUUGUAAAGCAUGAAACUGAAAUUGCCAUUUACAUGCGUACAGAGCUCGUUGCUUCUAUCGAGCUCAAACAGACCGUUGAUAUCGGCUGAAUACUAAAACGCGAUUGCAUUGCUAUUCCCCGCAACAUCUCACCCCCAUCCCCAAGUGGUUCGAUUAGCCAACAUAAUUGUAAGACACAGUAUCCUAUCGAAAUAGUAGAGAGCCGCGAAUUAUCUCACUGUUUCGUUACAAAUUGUUGAUGAAGAAGUUUACAGCGAGAACAAUUCGAAACUGGAUCAACGAUAAAUGCUAUUUUUGUACUACACCAGAUUAUUGAAAUUUAAGAUACUAUUAAUCGGGACCAUUGAGGGAAAAUCAAAAGAUCUCGUUUACUUCGUUCUGCCAAGAUCAUUUUUUAUUGAUUUCACGUGAAAAGAGACUUUUUCAAAUGUAUCGAUAUCCAAGAGAAAUUCAAUAUUUUUAUUUACAGAAUAUAAAUGGUCCAAUAGCAACAAUUUAAAAUAUUAGAUAUACUAACAUGUAUUUUUCCACGCUAUUCUAUAACUCUACUCUAAACUGCAGAUCGCAGUUAGGUUCUUAUUCUCGUCACUUACUUGUGGCCGAAGAUCGUUGAAGAUACUUAAAUUUUAAGAAUACGUCUCUAUAAUUAGAGCAAAUGGUACGAAAUGUAAUUAAGGAUCUUUUCUUAUCAUCGUGUGACUUUCUAGUCAACUUAUUGUGAGAAAGUAGGGGGCAGUUCUAUUAGCGUCUACUUGAUAGGAGAAUUUCUAUUUUUCUUUAACGAUAAUGCUGUUUAACAAUAAAAUUAAAUAUUGGUACGCGAGGAUGUCUAAAGUCAUGGUUUCUUUUAUAUAAUGAAUGUAAAGAAGAGAAAAAUGUUAUUGUUCUCGACUUUAGUACGUUAAUUUCAGAAAUUCAUAUUUGCAUUAUUACUGUCACUUCGGCAAUUUUUAUCAAAUGUUUAAUAGAUCUUCAAAAGACAUCUUUCUUGCGUUUGAAAAGUUCAAAUAAAACUCGAUUUUCACUUCGAAAGAGUUAAUAAAACAAACGCUGUAGCAGCUUCUAGAUUUCAGAAAACAGAAACGUUCAAAGGGUGCUCUGUGUAUAUGAAAAUAGAAUUUAUAACGAAAGUAUGGCAUUCUGACUAGCCACUGUGAUCAAAUAGUAAGCAGAAUAAUAACAUUUAUCUGUAAAUAAGUAUUCAGACGUAAUUGUUAUCCGAACGGAUCAAGUUGCUUGACUAUCAUGCUAAAGUUACGAAAGAUAAAAUCAACAUUUGAUGUCACUACCAUUUUCUAUGAGAGAAAAUAGAAUUUAAAGGUUAAUUAAUUUGAAUUAAUUUUUAUAUCGUCAUCGGCAUACAUUCGUUCCAUUAAUUACGAAAAUAAUCUAUGUACAAUUUCAAAGUUUGAGGAACCUGCAAUUUUAGGUGGAAUUAUCCUAAAAUUUCCAAAGAAACAUCACUUUUCGAUGACAUUACCAUUUUUGUGAACGAGCCAUUGUUUUUUUAGAAUUUCAAAAAAGGUAACGUCAAAUGAUUGGCAAUUGAUACAUUAUUUACUUGUUUCUAUGAUUGUACUUGUCUUCAUGAAUACUUACUUCGUACCAGAAUGUUCAGUCGUUUUACCCUGAGAAGGUCCACGCUUUAAUAAUUAAUUCGUAUCAACUAAUUUAAAGUAAGUUUAUCAAAAGAUAUUAUUUAUAGACAAAUAAAAAUAAAAUCGAAAGUCUUGAUAACCUUGGCAGGGUAAAAAUGACUAUUAAGAGUAACCUAGUGGCUUUAAGUCAAGGCUGUAAUUGUCCACGCUAUCCCGGUCAACAGUUGUACAACGUCUGUACUUGGUGUAUGCAUAAGUUUUGUAGGUUUCGUAUAAUUAAACGCAUUUAGUUCAUAAAUGCCAAUAAAUCGUUAUUUAUUACCAAAUGUUUUUGAUGUUGCCAUGACUAGUCAACUUGCACUCAAACAAAUGUUAACUGAUCAUACUUAUUGACAUAAUCUCGUUUUUAGCUCGUUUGUUAAGUGUAGAUUCCAUUUGGUUAAUAAAGUAAUUCAGCACAAAAAUCUGCAAACCUUAUGCACCUAAUAUAAUUACAACGAUUUUCUUUUUUCUAAAACGAAAAUCAAAGAUUGUUAUCGCGAAAUUAAGCGCUACGAUAUAAAAUUAUUCAACACGAUCGUUAAUUGCGUCUACGAUUCUAGUCAGAAUUAUCAUGAUCACAAGCCCCACAACAUGUACAUAAUCAAGGCAAUCAUUCCUUAUAAAAGGGAAUCAACUACCGAUCUUUUUAGAUAAAGUAUUUCACGCUAAGAUAUCAAGCAAUUUAAUAUGAUUGCCUAGUUUAUAUUUCUAGUCAAAUUUAUCAUAAUAAUCAGUUUUAUAAUGUCUACGUAACGAAAGCGAUUUAAAUCACCAUCUUUUCCACGAGAAAGUAUUUUAUAUUAAAAUACCAAGCUACUCAAAUUUACUAUUAACUAUGUCUACGAUUGCACUCUAAGUUAUCAUGAUCGUCCGUUCUACAGUAUUUAUUAUACAUAAUUAAGACGACUCGUUGAAAGAUCUUCUAAUUAUGCGAAUGAUUGAUCGAGUUUUCAAGAAUGGAAGCAGAGUGAAUAAAUUUUAGCAGAUUUUGAUCGACCUCUGCUUGUAACGUAUUAUUAAACAUAAAACACAGUAUUGCGUGUAUAACUUACUUUUCUAACUCUUUACUGACACCAUUCUGACUCUCUAGAGCUCAUUUGGACGCUGUCUAUGUAAUCAAGGCGGUUUUAAUCCCCGGAAUAAGGGAUGUUUAUGUCCGAAGACAUAAUUUUGUGUUCUGUUAAGAAUUUAAACACGAUUUCUUAUUCUCAACAAAUGCUGUUUCCUCUCAAUUUAACGUUAUGUACAAAUGUUUCAAUUUUCUGGCACUGUGGAAAUUAAGAUUUCCUCGACGACGGAGGUCUUAUGUUUGUUUAUUUAUUACGGACUCAUAAAGU